GGUGCGUCCAAGUGGCAGAACAGUCAAAGCCUGGAAUCCUAAAACAGGGUUUAAGAUCCGAAGCUUCGCCACCCCUUUACAUUCCCUUCUCUGACAGAGACUGAGCUCACAACCAAAGGGACCCCCAACUUACCAAACAGAGAGAUCCAAACAACUUAAACCCAGAAACAAAGGCUCAUUGGUGUUCACAGCUUUUACUGAUUUGCAUUUGAAGAUCAGAAGGAGAAGAUAUGGGGAGGGUGGACUAUUUGGCUAUGAAAACUGACCCAGUUGCGGCCAAUGAGUUGAUGAAUUCCGAUAUCAACGAGCUUAAGAUUGCGGUCCAGAGACUCAUCAGCGAUGCUACUAGGCUCGGUGGGAUUGGUUUCGGUACUACUGUUCUCAAAUGGCUUGCCUCCUGUGCUGCCAUUUAUUUGUUGGUAUUGGAUCGAACAAACUGGAGAACAAAUAUGCUCACUUCACUCCUAGUCCCUUACAUUUUCUUUAGUCUUCCUUGGGGGAUCUUCGACUUACUGAGAGGAGAGGUUGGAAGUUGGAUCGCUUUUGUUGCUGUUGUAUUGAGGCUUUUCUUCCCAAGGCAUUUCCCAGAUUGGCUGGAGAUGCCGGGUUCUCUUAUCCUUCUUCUAGUUGUGGCUCCAGAUUUCUUCGCAGAAACCUUGAAGGAGAGCUGGGUCGGCGUCCUAAUAUGUUUGCUCAUUGGAUGUUACCUGUUGCAAGAGCACAUCCGGUCAUCAGGUGGGUUCAGAAAUUCAUUUACGCAAAGCCAUGGAAUAUCAAACACUCUUGGUAUUAUCCUUCUCUUGGUCUUCCCUGUAUGGGCAUUGAUCGUCCAUUUCGUUUGAGCAUUUGUAGCAAACAGUUUCCGCUAUCAAUUGUCUUGUUUCGUUUGGAUUUCAUUUUCUGUGACGAUUUUAUUUGUAGUUCAAAAUUCGGUUUCUGCUUCUGCCCCGAAAUUUAAAAAUGCAAAGACAAGAAUACCGAAUAUGGUAGGAACCUUGUAUGUGACUGAGACUCUUCAUUUAUAUUCUGAAGAGAAUUCCAAAUAACAUAUUUUGGACAGUCAUAGAAAAAAGAUCUUCAUACUUCAAAGAUGAAACAU